AGUCCCUGUUUGGUGAUUUGACAGGGGCUUGGGCUCGGUUGCAGGAACGGCAUGUAUUAUCAGUGGAGUCAUUUUGUGAAGACGCAAGGGACCUUGGUGGAGGCCAGUACUCGUCCCAAGAGGACAUUGUCAAAUAGCUUCUAUUAUGUUGCGGCGUCUAUUAAUCCCAGAGAAAUCGUAACCCUUUUGUUCUGCAUCUAACCUAGACUUUAAGGUGUAACUAACUACACACACUGGAAGAAGAAGAAAAGACUUCCAUAUCAGUCUCAAUGGCAGGCACGACGACUUCGACCGUCCCCUUCGCGGAUCCCUCCUGGCACACGGACACGUCGCAUCCGUAUUACAAGGACAGCCACCGAAAGCUCCAGAGGUUCAUCAGAGGCUACGUGGACGAGGAGAUAGCGCCGAACGUCGAGAAGUGGGAGCGGCAAGGAUUUGUGCCGGAGGAAAACUUCAAGCGCCAUGCCUCGCUUGGAUUCCUCGCCGCCGCAGUAUUUCCACUUCCCAUCCAGUAUCUGGAGGGCAUCACCCUGCCAGAUGGAAUUGAUCCGUCAGAAUGGGACGAAUUCCACGACUCAAUUUUGAUUGACGAAAUGGCGCGUUGCGGGUGCUUGGGAACCGUCUGGGGCAUCAAUGGCGGGGCCACAGUCGGUGGAGCACCGCUCUCGACAUUUGGCAACGAGUGUCAGAAGAGGAAAUACCUUGCUCCAUUGCUGAGAGGAGAUCAACGCCAUUGCUUGAUGGUCACGGAGCCAGAUGCCGGUUCAGACGUUGGCGGUUUGACGACUACCGCCGAGAAGUCGGCAGAUGGAAGAUUCUAUACCCUUAACGGGGAGAAGAAAUGGGUCACUCAAGGGCAAUGGGCAACACAUGCUCUAAUUGGAUGCAGAACAGGCCCGGCCGGACCCAAGGGUCUGUCUGUCUUCAUCGUCGAUUUGAGCUCUGAAGGCGUGUCAAGAAAGAAAAUGGAAAACUCGGGAGUGAACUCAAGUGGUUCCGCAUUCAUUACUCUCGACGAGGUGGUCGUGCCAGCAGAGAAUCUGCUUUGGAAGGAGAAUGCCGGAUUUGAGAUCAUUAUGUCUACAUUCACCCACGAACGUCUCUGGGUUGGCAUAACGGCCAUACGCCUAGGCCGCAUCGCCCUCGAGGACAGCUACCAACACGCCCUAUCGAGAGAGGUGUUCGGUCAGCCGCUCUUCUCAAACCAAGUGAUCCGAGCCAAGUUUGCAAAGAUGGCCGGGCUUCUCGAGUCCACCCAGUUCCUGAUGGAAGACCUGGUUCACCGAUCCGUCCGCACCCCUCAACUCGCAUUCAGUCCGCUUGCGGCGUUGCUGAAGGUCCAAGCCGCGAACAAUCUCGAGAAGAUAAGCAGGGAGGCCCAGCAGGUAUUUGGCGGUCUAGGUUACAGCCGGGGCGGAAGGGGCGGCCGGGUCGAGCAGAUCAGUCGGGAUGUCAGAGUCCUCGUCGUCAGCGGCGGGAGCGAGGAGAUUUUGAUGGACAUGAUAGUCAAGACGGGGAAGAAGCUCGUGAAGCUGUGA